ACCGAAAUCAACCGCCAGUAAGCGUCGUCGUAUCUAUACGAAUAGGUAAUAGUAUAACUACCACUCAAGCAUUCCAGCCAGCCAUCUUAAGUAGGACGAAAGAUGUCAUCUUGUAAUCGGUGCUUAUUUUCCAGCUCACUUGGGCCCAAAGGACUUCUCCUUUCAAUUAGCCUGCAGUGGAAUAUGGCUUUGAGGUAACAUUAGGUAUCUGUUCGAUAGUCGAUAGAAGCCAGCCCAAUAGAGAAUCUGAUUUCCUAUCUGGUUGUCAUCUCAGAGACUUACGAAUGGUACACUUUACCAACCAGAAGAGGCGUUCAGCUUUGACGGGGCGGUAGACGAUGGCCCCGUGGAUAAAUAGGCACCUGUCGAUUCUCUUCAUAGCAAUGUCGCACUUCAACGAAAAAGAGUCUGUGGCCCAAAAGCUCAAGGGCCAGUGGCUUAUUAUCCCAGACAUUCGUCCCAUCUUCGCGCAAUGGCCAAGCGGAGAGAAUAAGCACUACCAGACGGUGAAAGAGAUUGUGGAUAGGCAGCUUGCCCAACAACCUAUGAAGAAUGAAGCUCGUACAGCAUUUGUCAAAAUGAAUCCAUCUCUACUUGCAGCAAGAUGGUGGCCAAGGGCUUCAGAAGAUGACUACCAGGUCCUGGUUGACUUGAUCAUCUUUUUCGGCUACUGGGAUGAUCUUUCCGAGAGCCUUGCUGCCGACCCCGCCGCCGCCGAAAACCUUCGUAGCGCCACCAAGGUUCUUGGACGUCAAGCUUUCGGCUUUGCACCACCAGAAGAAGAAGUGGCUAUUUCCGACCCCCUCAUACUCGACUUCAGGAGGAUCGGCAAAAAGAUUUGCGCCGUCUACGAUGAAGAGCAGCGAAAGACCGUUCUAGGUCAUUUUGAACGAUACAUCGAUUCGACGGCCCUCGAAGCUGAGGCCGACCUGAGUACAACGCUACCUAGUCUCAAGAGAUACUGGAAGGUAAGGAUUCUGACAAGUGGUAUGGGAACAUUGCUGGGUGUCACCGAAUUUGCCGCCAGGGUCAAAUUACCGACCAGCGUCGUAACCUCAGCUGCAUAUGGCACUCUGUGGACGACAACUGUUGUGAUUAAUUCGAUCGUGAAUGAUUUGAUCUCGUUCAAGAAAGAGAUGAAAGCGGGAAGCGUGUUGAGCUCCGUCGCUAUACUAUACAACGAGGUGGACAACUUGGAUGCGGCAGUGCAGAUGUCGCUUGCUCACCUCAAAAUCCUCGUCGAUGAAUUUGACCGCACAGCUAAUAUGCUGUUGACCAACUUCCCACUGAGCGACGAGGAGGUUGGGCCCGUGUCCAAGGUCAUAGACACUCUCAGGAUGAUCAACACUGGAAAUCUAGGGUGGAGGUUUGUGAACACCUUGGAAAAGGCAGCUAUUCCUUAGGUACUUAGAGCCGUGUUCACUGACAUCGUAUUUAGUCUGCAAGCAAAGCGUUAUGGAGUCUGCGACUCAAUCACGAAGACCGGACAGAUCGAAGUAAUUCUAUGAUUACUAAAACGGGCGGAAUCGACAUGAUGAAAUAUCAAUCCCAACAUGAGUAUAAAACGUCUGAUUAGGGCGCAUGGGUCGAUAGAUACAGGGUUCGCAUUUUACUUUUCUUCAGGAUCACCGCACAGAAUUUGAUAUAAGGGCAUGACUUUGACGAUACAAAUGAGGUAGACAUUUAUAUUUAUCCUACCUUAAAUACCUGUUUUAUGAAUAGAUAAGUACCUACCUCCUACCUAAUGGGUUAGCAAUGCAUUGUUGUUACCCCUUUUACCCCUUUCAAUACUUAGAGCUAGCAUGACCCGAUACAAAAUACCUAAAUCUUUAGAACUAUUGCCGAC